CCAGAGUAGCCCAGGGAGAGUCACAACAGCCCCACGCGGAAGUCCUUCCAUUUCGAUCUAACUGGAGUACACGAAACUGAGCGUAAGGGGAGGCAUGCGGAGGUGCCAACCGAGGGAAUUGUUCCUGUAGGGGUCGACGGUUGCAGAUCAGAGAUUAGGACGGAUUUUUUUUUCCUAGUCUCGAAGCACAAGGAAGGAAGGCAAGAAAAGAAAAGAAUCUGCACCGGUUUCUCUCCACCAUGCAGAAUAACAUUGUAUUGAUGCCUAUGAGAGACCAUCCUUCUGACGACAUUGAUCCGCUGAUCCCAAUGCCAGACAAAUGGGAUUUUGUUCUUGUAUGCGACUAUCACAAAUCUUUCCAUAAAAAGGACAUGAAAGAAGCAUUUUUGGAAGAACUGCGUAAGAAAGGAUUCAUUAUCAAGACAAUUAAGGACAAAAAGCUAUUUCAUGGGAUCUGUGCUCCAAGUUCAGUUAUAAGAAAAUAUAAGUGCCUUAUGAGUGAGGGUCUGAGUGCACAGCCAGAAGAGGAACACCAGGAAAUUACUUCUCUGAGGAUACGGAUUGUCAACUUUAUCCUGCUGAACACAGAAAUGUUCUACAGAAAUUCAAAAUGGAAUUUUCAAGAAUUGAUAGAGGAGAAUGUCUUUGAAACUGCAUUUCCACUGCAUGAGAGAGAAAAACUGGAUACUUUCCAGAAGAUAAGUUGGAGAAGCCUCCGCAAUAAACAACUUGUUAAGGAUCUCAGGAUGUAUUUUGGGGAAAAGGCUGCCCUCUAUUUUGCCUGGCUACAAUGGUAUACUUGCGUCUUACUCGUAGCUGCAGUGCCAGGCAUUAUUCUUGUCAUAUAUGGAUUCUUGUCCUUCAAUCGCAGUCAAGUCAGCCAAGAGAUCUGUGCAGCCAACUCUACUUUCAUGUGUCCACUCUGUGACCAGAAGUGCCCAUUUUGGCCACUGUCAGAAACUUGCACUUAUGCCAAGUUCACCCAUUUGUUUGACAAUGAAGGGACAGUAGUCUUUGCAAUAUUCAUGGCUCUUUGGGCCACUGUCUACUUGGAACUAUGGAAGAGACACAGAGCUAAUGUGAUUAGUGAGUGGAACCUAUAUUGGUGGGAUGAAGAGAAGGAUGAUGUGACCAUGGAGCUCAUUAGUAAUCCAGACCGUGAGAUCCGAAUGUACCAACACUCUUAUGUGCGCACUACAAUUGUGCUCAUCUUAUUUUCACUUAUGAUCUGCUUGCUGAUUGGAAUUGCCCUAGCAAUCGUUGUCUUUCGGGUCGUGGUGACAGUCUUAUUAGCUCAGUCCCGUUCUGAUUUCUUUCGAGAGCGAGCCACUACACUGGCAGUAGUAUCAGGGGCUGUGCUGCAUUACUUGUCCAUCGUCACUAUGAGCAAGGUGAACAGACGUGUAGCUGUGUACCUCUGUGAUCUGGAGAAGCCAAGGACAUCCUCUGAAUGUGAGAACAGCUUCACAGUCAAAAUUUUCACCCUCCAGUUCGUCAACCAUUUCUCUUCUCUAAUUUACGUUGCUUUCUUCCUUGGGAGGAUUAACGGCCGUCCUGGAAACUAUGUACGUGUUGCUGGCAAGUGGAGACUGGAAGAAUGCCAUCCUAGUGGUUGCCUUUUAGAUCUCUUUAUCCAGAUGGCUAUAAUUAUGACAUUAAAGCAAACCCUGAACCACCUUGAGGAGUACUUGUUACCCUGGAUAAAGUAUCAGUGUAGAAAACUUUGUGCCAAGUCCAAAAACCACAGCAAAAUUCACACAGCAGAGCUUGCCCAGGACAAAUGCAAGGAGGACUGGUUGUGGAACUACCAGCUGAAUGAAGUCAACCUCUUCAGUUUGUUCAAUGAGUACUUGGAGAUGAUGAUCCAAUACAGCUUCACCACCAUUUUUGUGGCGGCCUUCCCCCUUGCCCCAUUGCUGGCCUUUAUCAACAACCUCAUUGAAAUUCGGUAUGAUGCUAUCAAGAUGAUGACACUUCAGAGGCGCAUGGUGCCCAGGAAAGCCAAAGAUAUUGGUAUCUGGUUGCAGGUCCUGGAAGCGAUUGGAAUUCUGGCUGUCAUUGCUAAUGGCCUGGUGAUUUCCAUCACCUCAGACUUCAUCCCUAUGCAAGUGUAUAAAUACACACAUGGCCCAUGUGCACAGAAGAACUACUCUGGCAUAGACUGUUUGACAGGUUAUGUAAACCGCAGCCUUUCGGUAUUCUACGUCCAGGACCUCAAGAAUCACAAUGAACUGUCAGAUCUUAAAGACUCCAUGGGGAAUAAAAUAACACACUGCAGAUACAGAGAUUACCGGAACAGUGAUGACUACAGUUACACUGACGAGUUCUGGCAUGUUUUUGCAGCACGCCUUGCCUUCCUUAUCUUGUUUGAACAUGUGGCUCUGUGCAUCAAACUAAUUGCAGCAUGGUUUGUACCUGAUGUCCCUAGACGGGUUAAAAAUCAGCUUCUGAAAGACAAAUGUGAGAAGCUAAAGAAACAGCUAUGUGAUAUGGAUAACUCCACAGAAGUAUAGUGAAAUGACAUGAAGAGUGUUGAGAAGAAAUUUGGAGCCAGUGCCUUGCAGAAUAAUGCUACAGACUUUGAAGAUGCCAGAUGAACUUUGUGGGCCUUGUUCUCUUCUUGAUGCUGCUGUUGGACCUUGUCUCUUCACCGGAAUGUAAAGAUAGUUUUAUAUGGCGAGGUAAUUUUGAAUAUUUCAACACUCCUCAACAAGAUGAAAGUAUAUGGUAGGAAUACAGCUAUAUGUGAGAAUGAGGCAGAAUUAAAUGGGUAUGUUUGCACUUUCAAUAAAAUGAGAAUUUGUUGAAAGGUUCAAAAGUAUUUUGGUUGACCAGGAUUUCCAUUUACAUCUAACAUGAGUGACAGGGAAGAUCCCACCACCCACAACACAUCUGGCAUUUACAAUGAAAAUUGUAUGUCUCAUAAGCAAUGGUCAUAAGCCAAUGUGAUAUUUCUACCUCCAUUCAUGGGUGUGUAUCUAUAUUUUAUUUUCAUCCUUAUUUUGCUAAUGUCCCUGGAGUUGGAUAGAAAUGUAUUAGACUUGGAGUCUAGAUUCUUUAGAUAAAACUCAAAGGCAUGUGUACACAGUACUUGUGAAGUCUUUAUUUGCAGAAAAGUUGCAAAAAAAAUCUCCCAGUAUUUGCAAACUCCCAGCUUGAAGAAUUGGAUAUAACAGAUGCUGAAAGGGAAAUUCACUAAAAGAAAGGGAGAAAACUCUUCAAAGUAACUUAUGCAUCUAUUGUCUCAUUUUCCUUGCCUUUCCACUGACAUGCUGUUGGAUAUGGGAAGAUUCUGUGUGUCUAUAAAAGUGAUGUUUAAUUCAGAUCUAAAAAUCACUUUUAAGGCCUUAUCUAUAUAGUAAAUGUUUUCUCUUAUUUAGUCCAGUGAGCCUUUAAAGUGGAUGCCCUCAUUCAGGCUUCAAAAGCUGUCAUUUAUGUGUGUGAGAAAGCAGAAGCGUACCAGGGGGAAAUGGCGCCCGGAGACAAAUUGUCUCCAGGGUGCCCCCCAGGCUCUGCCCACCACCACCCUAGCUCCGCCCCUGAUGCCCCCAGGCUCC